CCCCUGCACCGGGCGUCGUCCGGGCACCACGCGUCGUCCCCGCACCCUUUCCCGCCGCGGGCAAGUGCGUGUUCAACGAGGAAAGACUGUCAACGUGGAAGGCCUGCAAAGCCAAGGGACCCAGGGCAUGUGGCUGGAUGUAGGAACCCUACUGCGGGGGACCUGUAGACCGCUGGGCAGGACUGCUGUACUGCCCUGUGGGGCCCUGCCUAGGCCCCACUGGUGGGGACUAUUUGGGGGUUCUUGGGCCCAAAACGUUCAUCAAGAUGGGCCUGGAAGAGGCCUGAGUGAGGAAGACAUUCGCAGGGCCCGGGAGGCCCGUCUCAGGAAGGCUCCCCGGCCCCAGCUGAGUAAUCGCUCUCGUGAACGCAAGGUGCCCGCUUCCCGCAUCAGUCGCUUGGCCAGCUUUGGGGGGCUGGCUAUGGGCUUAGGGAUAGGCACCCUGGCUGAAGUGGCCAAGAAGUCCCUGCCAGGAGGAAGUGCACAGUCAGAGGGCCUCUCACCUCUGGGCUCCAGCCCUUUCUUGUCGGAGGCCAAUGCCGAGCGCAUCGUGCAGACGUUAUGCACAGUACGGGGGGCUGCCCUCAAGGUCGGCCAAAUGCUCAGCAUCCAGGACAAUAGCCUGAUCAGCCCCCAGGUGCAGCGCAUCUUCGAGCGAGUCCGCCAGAGUGCCGACUUCAUGCCCCGCUGGCAGAUGCUGAGAGUUCUAGAAGAGGAGCUGGGCAAGGACUGGCAGACCAAGGUGAUGUCCCUGGAGGAGGUGCCCUUUGCUGCCGCCUCUAUUGGGCAGGUGCACCAGGGCAUGCUGAGGGACGGGACGGAGGUGGCCGUGAAGAUCCAGUACCCAGGUGUUGCCCAGAGCAUCCAGAGCGAUGUCCAGAACCUCCUGGCUGUGCUCAAGGUGGUUGUGUCCCUGCCAGAGGGCCUGUUCGCGGAGCAGAGCCUGCAGGCCCUGCAGCAGGAGCUGGCUUGGGAAUGUGACUACCGCCGGGAGGCCGCUUGUGCUCAGAACUUCAGGCAGCUCUUGGCAGAUGACCCCUUCUUCCGAGUGCCCGCUGUGGUCAAGGACUUGUGUACGAAACGGGUACUGGGCAUGGAACUGGCUGGAGGAGUCCCUUUGGACCAGUGCCAGGGCCUGAGCCAGGACAUCCGAAACCAGAUUUGUUUCCAGCUCCUGAAGCUAUGUCUGCGGGAGCUAUUUGAGUUCAGAUUCAUGCAGACAGACCCCAACUGGGCCAACUUCCUGUAUGAUGCCACCAAGCACCAGGUGACUCUGCUAGACUUUGGUGCCAGCCGAGAAUUUGGAACGGAGUUCACAGACCAUUACAUUGAGGUGGUGAAGGCAGCAGCUGAUGGAGACAGAGACCGAGUCUUACAGAAAUCCCGCGACCUCAAAUUCCUCACUGGCUUUGAAACCAAGGCAUUCUCUGACGCUCACGUGGAGGCAGUGAUGAUCCUGGGGGAGCCCUUUGCAGCUCCAGGCCCCUACGACUUCGGGCUGGGGGACACUGCCCGCCGCAUCCAGGGCCUCAUCCCAGUGCUGCUUCGCCACCGGCUGCGACCCCCACCCGAGGAGACCUACGCCCUCCACCGCAAGCUGGCAGGGGCUUUUUUGGCUUGUGCCCACCUCCACGCCCAAAUCGCCUGCCGGGAUCUCUUCCAGGACACCUACCACCACUACUGGGCCAGUCGCCAAGCUCAGCCACUGCCGGCUGCCACCUGAUCCGAGGGACCUCCCUGGGGACCCCACCCGGUGACAGCCUUCAUCUGGUGAUUUCGGUCCCACAGCGAGUGAUGCGUCCCCUGCUGUGGAUGCUCCCCUCUCUCCUCCCCCUGUCCCUCCUGGUCCUGGUCAGAAAGGCCUUACAGCCUUGGGGCCUGGUAACCCCGGGACUGGGGAGUUCCCCACAGCGCAGCUCCUCCCCACUUCAAAGUGGGCAUCCCUGAAAGCCAGCUAGCUGCCUCGCCUCCGGAGGACUGCCCGGAGGACUGCCCCUGCGCCUCCCAGGAUCCCGCGGUGACGGGAGGUGAUGGUGGGCGGGGCAGCUGUCACCUCGCACGCUCCUCCACCAGCUGCCGUCUUCCUGGGAUCCAGCCUCUGGGAAGGGGAGGGGUGCGGGUGGGUGCCGAA